AUGAGAAAUCCUGAGAUUCCUGUUAUGCAGGAUAUAUGCGCAGCCCACUGGGGUUCCUCAGACGACAGAUCAAUAGAGUUGGCAAUUGGGUUCCAGUUUGAAACUAAGAAAGAUGCCCAACUAGCAGUGAAGGAAUUUUGUAUCAGAGCUCAUAUAGAAUUCAAUGUGUUGGAUUUUGAUCAGAAGAUAUAUUUUGUUAAAUGUAUAAACAACAAUGUCGGAUAUAACAGUGACCCUGAUGGCGAGGACAUACCCGAAGAAGAUGCUGUGUGUAGGAUUUGUCUGGUUGAACUACGCGAAGGAUGUGAAACACUGAAGAUGGAAUGCAGCUGCAAAAGCGAGCUGGCUUUGGCGCACAAAGACUGUGCCGUGAAAUGGUUCAGCAUCAGAGGCAACAAGACCUGUGAUGUGUGCAAGCAAGAGGUUCAAAACCUACCUGUCACACUUUUACGAAUAGGAACAAGUAGAGGCCUUCAGGCUGAUGCAUAUGCAUCUGGCAAUCGGAUUUGGCAGGAGAUCCCUGUUCUUGUUAUCGUCGGCAUGCUUGCAUACUUUUGUUUUCUUCAGCAACUUCUGGUUGGAAAAAUGGGUACUGGAGCUAUUGCUAUAUCUCUUCCAUUUUCAUGUUUGCUAGGCCUCCUUUCAUCCAUGACAUCAUCAACAAUGGUGCAGCGGAGAUUUGUCUGGGUUUAUUCAUCGGUUCAAUUUUUGUUGGUGGUUGUCUUUGCUCAUAUAUUUUAUUCUUUGGUGAAAGUACAGGUACUUCUAUCAAUUCUCCUGGCAACAUUUUCUGGAUUGGGUAUUGCGAUGAGUGGGACUUCUUUUGUUGUCGAGAUCCUCCGGUGGAGAAUAAGAUGGCAGGUUUGGUCACAGCAGCAACAUGGUCUGCAAUCGAUGACUCAACCACAGGUCCAAUCCCCUAGAGAUGUUAAUUCACCUGUGUCUCAAAGAGGUCCUAUUGUAAAUCAGUAAAAUGAUGAAACUUCAACGGGAGGUGAACCGGUUGCUUACUCGAAAGCCCGACAAUGGAGGUUCUAGCAUUAUAUUAUGUUAUGUAUACAAUCACUGCUUCUGUAAUGCAAAUCAAAUAGGCUGCCUUACAUGAAAAGGGUCGGUUCAGAGACCGGAAAUAAACUUACACCGCGAGUUUAUAUCGGUCCUCGAGGUUGAUCUCCGAAGAGACUUUCAUGAAUUAGGUUAUAGUGUGCUUGCAGAACGGUAUGUAAUGAAUACAUUCGUGCAAUUUUACACUGUUUU